UGCAGACUGCUGCUACAAAACAUCUGUGAAAGACUGUGCAAUAAGUCCAAUAAAAUUUCCUUGCUACUAAAUAUUCCACGGUCUACUGUUAGUGAUAAUAUAACAAAGUGGAAGCAACUGGGAACAACAGCAAUUCAGCCACAAAGUGGUAGGCUAUGUAAAAUGACAGAACGGGGUCAACGCAUACUGAAGUGCACAGUGCUCAGAAGUCGCCAACUGUCUGUAAAGUCAAUAGCUAAAGAUCUCCAAACUUCAUGGGCCUUCAGAUUGACACAACAACAGUGCAUAGAGAGCUUUAUGGAAUGGGUUUCCAUGGCCAAGCAGCUGCAUCCAAGCCUUACAUCAUCAAGUGCAAUGCAAAGCAUCAGAUGCAGUAGUGUAAAGCACGCCGCCACUGGACUCUAG